UCAGCUAGCUUUCCCAUGUUCCAAAGUUAUUCUACUAGCACUAGAGAGGGAGAAAGAGAGAGAGAGAGGAAUCUUCUUAGAAUGCUUCUACUUUGUAGUUGGUGAAUGUGCUUUAAAUUUGCUUAGAAACUAGUUGUAAAACGAGAUUGAUUGUGUUAGAUCUAAUGGGAGGCCUUUUCAGCAGUCCUGAUCAGAGUUCUUCCCAAUUGCCACCUACAUUUUCUUCUUACAGUUCAAAUCCAUUGCCACCUACAUUUUCCUCUAGACCAUCUGCAUCUUCCUCAAACCUAUCCCGAUCUUCAUCAAAACCAUCUCCAUCAUCCCUUAAAACUCCAGUUGAUUCUUCUACAUCAUAUGCAUCUUACCCCAAGACCACUGAACCCCCAUAUGCUUCUUCUUCUUCUUCAACUUCGUAUAAACUACCUCAAUCUUCACCUUCAGGGGUCCCAUAUUCAUCUAAGCCACCGCCUUCUUCCUCUGGGCCAUCUCCGUCUUCCACAAAGCAACCACCAGCUUUUAAGCCAAUUCUGCAUACAGCUCCCAACGAGGUAACAAAUGAAGAAGGGAAGACGACUUAUGCGUGGGAAAAGGGUGAACCCAUAUAUGCUAUUCCUGAGGAUAUCAAAGGUCUCGUCAAGAGAGACAUUGCACCUCAAGUUCUGAAGCAGCCUUUGUCUCCUUCAACUUACAAGGCUUAUUUUGCUGCUCUGUUAUAUGCUGAGGAUUACUACUUGGAGAAAUGGAGUAAUUUCCUGUUGGAGAAAGUGACAUUGAAGUUGGAGGAAGCAGCACUUCAUAAAAAAUCAAAGAAAUCAAAAAAUUCUAAAGGAAGUGCUGAGGAGGAUGAUAAAAUCUUUGUAGAAUUUGAGAUUGAUUCUAUUCCUGAGAAGCGGCCAUUCCUUUUAUCAAGGGACAUGGUUUAUGCACGACCUUCAGAUAAAACGGUUGAGCCAUUUCAGGGUUUUAUCUAUCGUGUGGUGAAAAGCAAGUGUGUAUUAGUUGAGUUUGGAGAUGAUUUUCAUUCACAGCAUCAUACAAAUCGCAAAUAUGACAUCAGCUUCUCAUUCAACAGAGUUUGUCUAAAAAGGGCUCAUCAAGCAGUUGAAGCUGCAUUAAAUCCUUCAUCCCACAACUUCCUUUUUCCUGAAUGCGUCCCUCGGAAGAACAUCGUUAACCCACCAGCUCUGCGUAAUACCUAUGAUAAGCUUAAUACAAACGAAUCGAAUGCAGUUCGUCGGAUUCUAAGCUUUCAGGGUUCACCACCUUAUCUUCUUGCGGGCCCGCUCAUUAGCACUAAUGCGCCAAUGUAUGUACCUGAACAAAAAGUGUCAGCAAGAACAGGAGUGGUUGUCUGUGAGGCAGUAAUUGAAAUAUAUAAAACCUCUCAAGAGAACAGAAUUCUUAUAUGUGCACCUAUAAACCGCACAUGUGAUGUGCUAAUGAGAAGUUUGAGGGAGGGGAUUCCAGAGUCAGAUAUGUUUCGAGCCAAUGCUGCAUUUCGAGAGAUAGAUGGAGUACCCAGUGACAUUCUGCGCUCAUGUCCUGUAAAAGAUGAAUGUUUUGCAUGUCCUCCACUCCAAAAACUUCGGAAGUUCAAGAUAAUUCUGUCAACUUUUGUGAGUAGCUUUCGACUACACAAUGAAGGCAUAGCUGCUGGACAUUUUAGCCAUAUUUUUCUAGUGGAUGCCUCGUCAACCACAGAGCCAGAAGCGACAAUAGCUUUGGCUAAUUUUGCUAAUGAGAAUACAUCUGUUAUUGUUACUGGUGCACCCGGAAACCAUUCAGGUUGGAUCCGCUCUAACAUAGCAAGGAAAUAUGGAUUGGGGAAGUCAUAUUUUGAAAGACUUCGUGAAGUUGGGCCAUAUCAAAUCCCCAAUCCAAUGUUCAUCACAGAGCUAUAAAUACUAAAUAGCUUGGAGUCAUGCUAUUGAAUUUCAUGUUUUCAACUGUUCUUUCGUGAACAGCAAGAUGCACUUGUAUAAAUGUUGCCACCUUAGUAUCUACCUGUGCGUGUCUUUUCCUGCUUUGUCAUCUGAGUUUUGUGUGUGUGUAUGCUUGCAAAGACCUUCUAUGUAAAUAUUUUAAUUUUAUUUCCAUCU